AUGAAUAGGUUGUCUGUCUCUGAUUUCGAAAUAAUUAAAAAGUUAGGCUAAGGUUCCUUUUCAUCUGUGUACAAGGUGAAAAGAAAAUCUGAUGGUUAAGAAUACGCAAUGAAAAAAGUUUAAAUGUCUGGAUUGGCAACAAAGGAACUGAAUAAUGCUCUCAAUGAAGUCAGGAUUUUAGCUAGUUUGGAAAACCCAUAUAUAAUUGGGUAUAGAGAAGCUUUUAUAAGGGGAGACAAUUUGUUUGUAGUUCUGGAAUAUGCAGGAGGAGGAGAUUUAUAACAAAAAUUAGAGUAUAUAAGAAAAAAAGGAUAAGGGUUUUAUGUAGAUGAGGAGUUGAUAUGGGCGUAUUCAUUCGAGAUGCUUUCAGGGUUAAACGAAUUACAUAGUAAGGGAAUUUAUCAUCGAGACAUUAAGUGUGCAAAUAUAUUUUUGACUCAAGAUCACAAACACAUCAAGUUAGGUGAUCUUAAUGUAGCAAAGGUUGUUAAAGCAAAUUAAUUCGCAAAUACAUAUGCUGGGACUCCUUAUUAUACUAGUCCAGAGGUUUGGAUGGAUUAACCAUAUGAUCAAAAAUGUGAUAUCUGGUCUUUAGGAUGUGUGAUUUAUGAGAUGGCAUAAUUGUAACCACCUUUUCUUGCAAAUGACUUAUUCUAAUUGCAGAAGAAGAUCUCUAAAGGAUCAUAUGAACCAGUGAAUCCAAGGUAUAGCAAGGAAUUGAGUGAAUUUAUUGCAAAGUGUUUAUAAAUAGCAUCCAAAAACAGAGCUUCUUGUGAGGAGUUGUUAAACUUAGUUUAGAUAAGAAACAGAUAGAACUCAGUCUCAAUAUCUUAUAGCAAUCAAAAAUUACUAGGAACUAUUUGUUUGACAAAAAAUUACAAAGAAAUACGAUUACCUAGACCAAGAUAUUAAACAGAAAUAAAUGAUUCGAGUGUGGUGAUAAGUAAAAUUUAGACAUCGAGGGGAUAUAGGGCAAUUUCAAAUAACAGAUUAGAUGAUUCAAACAGUCCAGCCAGUAGAAAGUUUAAAAUAAAAAAUAAAUUAUCAAAUCAUUAGAACUCUUUGGAAAGGAAUAAUUCUUAAAAUGAAUAGUAAUCAAAAGAGAAUGUUAGAUAUAUUAAUAAUCUCUAUCAAUUAUAACCGAAUAAUCAUUAGCAUUAUCCGAGUGCUCAAGAGUACAAAUAGAACACUGGAUCAAGAUAGAUUACGCCAACACUAAGAAAAUAAUUGUCUUCUCCUUUAAAUUAAAAAUCUCCUCUAAAUCAUAAAUCUCCUCUAAAUUCAGAAAACCAAUAGGAUAAAUAAUUGCCAAAAUUAAAAACAAAAUAACUGAUAUUUUAAACAAAAGAUCACUUAAGAAAUAUAAGAAAAUUAAUAUGA